CCCCGUUGCGCCUCGAGCCGUGAACCCCAAUACUGACUGUAUGUGCAGCGCCACCGUCAGGGGAGGCACCAUUGGAGGUAUCAUUGGCCUGGCGAUCGGUGGCCUCGGUGUGUGGGGCGCGUCGAAGAGGUACCCCGUUUUUCGUCAGCUUACCGUCCCCAUGCGCGCUUUCCUUUGGACAUCGACUGGUACCUUUGCUGCCAUCAUCCAAGCCGACCGCUCUUCCCGCCGCUUCGACAUUGAGAACAACCCGGAGAAGAAGCGCCUGGAAGAGGAAGAGAAGGCCAACCAGGCUCUUCUCGAGUCCGGCAAGACGCAAUUCGAGAAGGUCAAGGACUGGGCUGCUGAGAACCGUUACCCGAUCGUCUUCGCGUCAUGGCUGGCUUCCAUGGGUCUUUCCUUCGGCAUCGUCUCGCGCAACCCCUUCCUCUCCGGCCAGCAGAAGCUUGUGCAGGCUCGUGUCUACGCCCAGGGUCUGACGCUCGCCGUCCUGCUUGCUUCCUUUGCUUUCGAGGCCAACGACGCGAACAAGGGCACUGGCCGCUGGGAGACGAUCAAGGUCCUGGACCCCAACGACCCUACGCACUCGAAGUUCGUUGAGAAGACAAUUCAUCACGAGCGCUACGCCGGCGAGGACCAGUGGAGAGGUAUGUGUGCAAUGCUAGAUACAACCUAAAUACGGUACGAACAGUUGCUGACCCGCGGACAGAGAUGGUCGAGGCCGAGGAGCGCAGGAUGAAGGCCCGCGAG